GUUUUCGCGGAAAUUCGAAUUUCCUUUGCUGGGCCCUGCCGAAAUGAUGUGAUGAGGACUAAAAAUGUCUCUAUCUACACAGCAUGAUGACAGUGACAGUCAUUAUGUAUUGCUGGCAAAGUUGGACAACGCAAGGAAUGUUUCAAAUAUACUGAAAGCAAUCCAUUUCAAAGAGACGGCAACAGUUUUUGCAAGUUCCCUUGGGAUCAAGGUUACAGUGGAGGAUUCCAAAUGUGUCCAGGCCAAUGCCUUUAUCCAGGAGGGAGUGUUCCAUCAUUUCAGUGUUAAAGAUGAGCAGAUCACGUUCAAAAUCAACCUGACUGUUCUUCUGGAAUGCCUGACAAUAUUUGGGAGCACCUCUUUGCCAGGGAUUACUACCAGUCUUAAAAUGUGUUAUGCUGGCUAUGGAUGUCCCUUGGUUCUAGUUCUUGAAGAGGAAGGUGUGCUUACAGACUGUACAAUAAAAACCCUGGAACCAGAUGAAGUUCUGGACUUCAACUUUUGUAGUUCAAAUGUGAUUAACAAAAUUAUCAUGAAAUCAGAAUGUCUGAAGGAAGCCUUCAGUGAGCUGGACAUGACCAGUGAUAUAUUACAGAUUCUAAUGUCCCCGGAUCAGCCCUAUUUUAGACUGUCAACAUUUGGUAAUGCUGGCAGCACACAUUCUGACUUUCCUAAAGACUCGGAUAUGGUGGAGUCCUUUCUAUGCACUCAGACACAGACCAACAGAUACAAAAUAUCCCUCCUGAAGCCCUCCGUGAAAGCUCUAGCCUUGUCCACCCGAGUGUCGAUACGGACAGAUAAUCGAGGCUUCCUGUCUCUACAGUACAUGAUUAAAAACGAGGACGGACAAGUGUGCUUUGUGGAAUACUAUUGUGCUCCAGAUGAGGACAUAGACGAGGAAGAGGACUAGUUUAUUUAUUUGUUGAAAGACCUAAGUUUGUUCUCAGGUUUAUGAAUAGAAUGAUUCAGAAGAUUUAAUAAGUUUUAAAGUUAUGAAUCUAGCUAUGUGAAAUAGUGUUAUAUGCUGUACUAGAAAUUCAUAUCAAGUUGUAAAGAAGGAUGUAUAUGUCAUACAUUGUUCAUCAUAUUUAUUCUAUUUUUACAGGAUUUUUAAUGUACGAUUGUGAACAGAAUCUGUUUUCUCUGCUUACGUAAAUUUGUCAUACUAUCUUUUUCUUGACUUUUCCUUUAAAACAAAAAUACAUAUUUCCAAUGCAUUGUGACUUUUUGGAGAAAUUAACUGGUUCUAAAUGAAAAGUUAUUUAAGGAAUUAUAGCAGUCUGAUUUUCUGUUUUUAUGAUGUGAUCAAGCAAGGCGUUUAUGAAUAAAACUGUUGCAAAAGCCUUUAUCUUCAUCUUCAAUAUAUAACAAAAAAUUGCAAUAUUAAUAUUUGCUAUAAUUACAUGGUCGUGAUUUCAUGAAGUCUUAAAUCAUUAUACUCUUCAAUGCAUUGUCAAUUUAUGGACAAAUUUUUGUCAGAUAAAAUAAAAAAUAAAACUAA